AAUGAUUCCCGCAACCCGGAACAGCUUCUGUUGCCCUGACCAGGGGAGCGCCCAAACCAACAAAGGAUGUCAAAGAAAACAGCUCUCUAUUAACUCUCGUAACCAUCGAUUCAGUGCACCACAUUGUCGUUUCUGUCAUACUCACCAUCGUAUGGCUGCAAGAUAAGAGCUGCAGGAUGCGCCGAUGAUCCAUGUACCACAGGUUGAGCUUGGUUGAAUAAUGCUCACCUGGGUUGUAUACAAUGGGGCAGAUCACUCUCGACGGAUCGCUUUUGCUACUGUCUUCUGACAAGCAGAAGGAGCGCACUGAUGGCUUGGGAGACCUUAAGCACAUUCUCCAGCAGAACAAGCAAAAUGCAAGACUAGAUGCCUUGAGCGACAAAGCCUGCCACAAGGUCUUCGAGGCCCUCUUCCGGUUUGUUUCGGUCGAAAAGCCUACUUAUAAUAGGUCCAAGAGCACGAAAGCAACAUCGUCCUCGCGACUGUCAGCAUGCGCGUCUGUUCUGCGGACAGCAGUGGAGGGGUCUCUGCGCAAUCUGCGAACGAAGUCAGUCCAUGCGGUUCUUCAUCAUAUAAUACAGACCAUACCUGUGCCCGGGGAGGGGCUUUGGGAGACUCUUGCCAGCGACUACAUAAAAUGUUUGCGGACUUUGCUACAAUAUCCUCCCCAUGUCGAACAUCUAGGGGACCGUGAAUGGCAAGAUGCCGUGGAUUUCUGUCUCCGGAGUCUUGCAGCGGUCGACAAUGAAGGCAAUGAACUAAGCAUCCGGAUGAGCCAUCGUUCAUCUUCGGAAGCCUGGGAAUCUAGCAGUACUCGGUUGACUCCUAUGAGGAGGACCUCUAGUCAGGCUCCUAGAUUGACCCAAUCUGAUGGCCAAGGCAACAGAGGCAUUAUCGAAGAACUUGUAAUUUGUAUCAAGCUGCUUACCUCCAGCUCAAACGCCCCUGUUCACUCUACUUCCGAGAAGAUUCUGAAUGGGCUGACAGAUUUCUUGAUCUCAUUCCCGCAAGCUGGCGGUGCUCACCAAGCUGCGUUUAGUACGAUCAAUACAAUUAUCGGCAAGGUUCUAUGUGACCAGUCCGAUAUUGUCCGCGAGUUCUUGCUUGACGUUAUUCCCGUAAUUCGGCGACUUUGGCACACAAAGCUCACGGGGCUGAAAGAUGAAAUGUUAAUGACUAUUAUGCGGUGCAUGGAUGUCCUGGUAUACAUGGCCCGGACAAUGCCUUCGGAGUCACUGGCAGCGUCAAUUGAAGGACUACUGGAUACAAUUCACUUGGACUAUCUCAGAAGGACGGAAAAGGAAGUCUUGCAAAUUGAUGACCUCGUUUUCUAUCCGGAUUGUUCUAUACGGCAAGACUCUCGAUGGUUCGGUCCACGUCUUGGUAGUUAUAAAUCAGAGCACAAUUGGACUGUUCUAUGGACCAUAGCGAGACUAUCGGCCUUGUCGGAUGAUAUGAACGCCCAGUUCACGCGACCGGUCGCAGAUGAAGUUCCAAGCAAGAGGCAGCGUUCUCUUUCGAAAACCGAAGAGAUUCUCCAAGAUUCUUUCUCAUCAACUGGCACUAGGAGAGCUUGCGCAUUACAGCUGAUACCUUUCAUGAUCGAAAGGCAUAUCGGCAACGCAUCGAAACUGGAAUUGCUCGAGCGUCUUCCUGUUAAUAUACUCGACGAUAAUGGCUUCUUGGCAUCAUGGACUCUGCUUGCAAUUUCGAGCGUUGGCAGUGAUAGUUAUACGAGGUCCCAUUUGAUUGGAUCUAAUUGGCGGCAGAUCUGGGAUCUAGCAUCACGAGCUUCCGUUGUCCAAGUAACCUCGCGCGCAGCCUGCCAUUUGAUGCGAAUAAUCCUUCACCAUCAGCUCUUACCGUAUCCUGAAGCUGUAGAGAGUACUCGAUUAAUGCUAUCAUCAGUGGAUUUGAAGGGCCCAUCAGUCCUCUGCGACACUUCCUUGGCUUUUUGGACACUAGUUUCGAAGAUGUGUGCGACUGUCAGUCCGGGCCUUGGACUCGAGGCUUCGAAACAGAUUUGCGGAUGGCUCCGCGGAACCUGGUCAGUAGGGACCGCCACAGAUAGAACCACAAUUUCCCAGGUAGCAACAUUUGCACGCCCUUUCGAUCUAUUGAACCUUCUGCUUGCCUGCACUAAUAGAUCAAUAUCGUUUUCGAGCGUGGAAUUUCGCGGCGUGGCAGGUUCAUUCGGUAGAAAUUGGUUCAAUUGCCAUCGCAACCGGAGCUUGCAUGAAUUUCUCUUCUCAAUAGGGGAAGAUCAGUCUUCAAACCCAGUGUGGUCUGCAGAAGAGACGGUCAUUCGGCUGGAGGCAGCAACACGGCAAGAUCCAGCAGAUCUCGUAAUGAUUGAACUGCUGCAAGCAAAGAUUGACGCCUUUGCCCAGGCCUGGAGAGAACUAUCUGGUGAUAAAUCAUUUUACAUCGCAGUUGACCUCGUGCAGAUAUUUGUUUCCUUGUGCGCAGUGGCGGUUCUCUUCACUGAGUGUCUCCCAGGGUCACACGGUUCCCAAUUGCAGGAUCUACAGAAGAGUACCCGUAGUCUGUGGGAAGAUGUAUGCUUAUUCUUGGCAUCUCGUGAGGUCGAUUAUCUUCAAGCAGGUUUGGAGGUGUUAUAUCCGUUGGUCUCCUCAGCUCCACAAUUGAAUGAUUCCAAGGACGUUGUCUCAAGUGCUCUUUAUGCCCUUGUGCCGCCGAUAGUUGAGGUCCUUGAACGAAGUAGACAAUCGCAGCCGACAGACUCUUUAGCUCUUGAUCCCGAAUCAAUGGACCUUGAUGAUCCGUUCUCAGACCGCAUGGGUCAAGAAGCAGCCGAUGAUUCUAUUACUGCGUUGAACCGAGAAGCUGUGCCGACACUACCAGAUAAUACCACAUUCCGACGUUUCAUGACAAUCCGGCUUUCGAUAUUCCAGAAAGGAGAUGGCACGAUCUCACCAAAUCCAACAUUAACCGCGCCACUGGUUGAAUACUUGACUUCGUUGGAUGAAACUGACAUCCUAUCUACGCAAGACCUAUUGCCCAAAGUCUUUCUUGCUUGUAUCCCCAUGGGGAGGGCUGUUGUGCUUGAGAUUCUUGAAUAUUUUGGGGAAAGAUGUCUACAAUCAUAUGCUCUCGAGCGGUGCGAGAGCGCUCUUUAUCUUUGUAUCCGUAUGAUGGGCAGUUUCGUGGACGUCUGGACAAAAGAAGAAGAGGAUGACCUCCAUGAUUCUGCGUCGGACAUAUACAUAUGGUUUACAGAUGUUCUAUUAGCGAGGAGGAAGGCUUCCCCAAGGGUUCUCAUUGCCCUUGCUGAACUCUUUCAGAGUGUUCUCGCCUCUAAUCCUGGCUACGAAAGGAAUGACUCGGGACCGUCACCGCGAACCAGCCUUUUCAAUAUUCUUCGCGAAGGCGAUAUAUCGGUUAAAUUCUUCCUGGCGAGGCUAGUUCCGAGUAUUUUCAGCAGGUACCUCCUCACGGAUCAUGACGCGAUAUUCGAUGAUGUGCUUGAUAGCCUCCCGCGGGACCCAGAUUGGACUGAAGGAAUAGCAGUUCGACUAUAUGCACUGGCUCAGUUGGCAUCACGGUGGCACACGUUGCUUCGCAGGAGCAUCUACCACAUGUUUGAAGCACCCGGCCAAGUGCCACAGUCGGCUCCUUAUGCUGAGAAAUGCUUGAAGAAUGUCUCCGACGCGCUCGGUCUGAAGGACGCAAAGGGGAUAUUCCGACUAUUUGCCUCUCAGAUCAUAUAUACGUGGACCGAGUCGCAGUCGAUAAGCUCAAUGCCUUUCACAAUCUUCGGAUACAGUAGUCUGAAAGACAUGCUACUGGACGUCCAAGACGAAGUAGUGGGUCAGAUCAUGAUGCGAGCAAACGAUCAAGAAGCGAGCGAAGCUUCUGUCUUACUGGGUGUUCCAUUCACGGAUCUCCUUUCGGAGUCAUUCCACAAAGCCGAAGCAUAUACAAUUGCUCGUGAUAUCAGCAUACCACCUUCUCAGAAUAGCCAACCAAAUGGCGUUGAGAAGCGUAUAAAAAGUACUCUUGGAACAGAUCAGUUCAUAACCCUGGUUGAAGGUCGUUUCCCGCAGAUCGUCGCAACACUUUUUAGGUCUCUUGACAAGGAAGAACAGAUUGAGAAGGCAUUUACUAAACGUGCACACUUCCACUACGCACUGGAAACCCUGAAGCGUAUUAUGGACAAAGGCGCCUCCGCUGCUAUUCUUCCUGCUAACCCGCAACCUUCAUUCAGAGCCCGCUACCUUCUCGAUGAGCUGGAAUUUCUUUGUAGGCGAAGUGGCUAUGACCUCGAAAAAAUGUGGACUCCAGCUCUAGCUUCUUUCGUCUGUCGAACGCUUCUAGAGUCAAUGCAUCCCUCUCUAGGCUCCCUUUAUGCAUGUUCAGUCAUUCGCAAAAUCCGAAUUCUGGUGUGUAUAGCAGGACCCGUUAUGCUUCAAGAUUAUCCAUUGGAACUCUGUCUCCAUGCGCUUUGCCCACUUCUCACGGACUCACAAUGCUGCGAAGAUGCGCUGGGUGUCUUCUGGUAUUUGCUGGAAGCAGGUCAGGCAUACCUCUCCGAGAAUCCUGGAUUUACUGCCGGCAUAGCAAUUUUGACACUUUCUUCAUUGAGCAACUUUCUAGACUCCAGCGCAGAAAGCACCAGCCAGGAGAGCCAAUAUAGAGCGACUUCAUCCAAAGCGGUUGAAUUUCGCAACUGGUUGGGUAGCUUUCUGAAGAACUACAAGGCAUCAAGUAUGGAUGAAGGGACCGAAGAGUCUUUCCAGCGCAUGGUUAGAUCAUCACAAGGGCUGCGCGUGUCCGGAAAUCCUACGAAAGGUACCCACGAAAGUGAUUUGCUGUUCGAACUACUGCAAGAUAGAGCCUCUGGGCGAAAUCUCCUGAGCAGACCGAUAUCUGAUUUGGUCAUAUCGCUCGUUGGCGCACGAUUCCAGAAGUCUCCAGAUUCCCGCAGUGAUAUUCUCGGUGAAGAUGAUGUUGCUGCCGCUAAUGCAGUAGCUGUCUGGGAAACCGUUAGAAGUGGUAAUCCUGGAAGCCAAUACCGGCUAUGGGCUGCUAGAGUCAUUGGAAGAGCAUACGCUUCGACGGGAAAAAUCAGUGAUGCUCUCCUGAGGGAACAAGAUCCUGAUUUAUUCAAAGAUCGGUUCCGUGGACUAGGAUCGGAUCCCUAUUCUUCAUCCAAGAUUGCCAUACUUCAAAUGCUUUGUGAGGCUUUGCCUAAGGGCGGUGCUUUUGAGGGUGGUCUGAUCGAGCGCACAUUGCAAGUUAUUAUCAGCAAGCUCUCUGCUUAUCCCGAACUGGAGCAUUGUGGCCAUGCUGUACCAAGUUCUUUGAUGAAAAGUCUCAUUUGGGACCCUUACCAGUGCCCUGCUAUAUCACUCUCCAGCUCUGAAAUAGAGUCUCUCGAAGGCAGGAUAGAUUGGGACAACAGACUCUCUGUUUCUCAUUGGGCUCGCAAUAUUGCUCUAUCCCUCGCAACAGCAGCCGCAGAUGAUCCCGUCAUUGGCCCUCUUGGAAAGGUCCUGUACUGGAUCCCAGAGCUAUCGGUGAGAUUAUUGCCUUACAUACUUCACGACGUCCUGCUUUCGGAAGUCGACGGUGAUCAGGUUUCUAGGCGGGCGGUCUCCGAAGUCUUCCGACGGUGUUUACGCGAUAUUGAUGAACGGAGCGUGCCGCACGCUCGGCUGGUGAUCAAUACGAUACUUUACCUGAGAAACCAACCAAAGCCUCACGAGUCAACAAUUGUGGACCGUGAUGAAUGGCUUGAUAUCGACUACUGUGAGACUUCCUUAGCUGCUACUCGAUGCCGAAUGUAUAAGACUUCGUUACUCUUUGCCGAAAUCCAGGCUUCGCGUUCUAUGAAGACCUCUCGAAGAUCUUCCGCCGUUAGACAGAGCCUCCCUAUCGAUCUACUGCACGACAUAUUCCGAAAUAUUGAUGAUCCAGAUUCUUUUUAUGGCAUCCAACAAGAGGCGUCUUUGAGAUCGGUGAUGGAAAAGCUUGAUUAUGAAAGUGCAGGAAUUAAGAACCUUCUCUUCCAGAGCGCUCAGUACGACAGUGAUGUGCAGAUGUCGGGAGAGGCAAGCGCAUUUUCCGUCAUUAAAGCGCUCAAUUCCACUAAUCUGCAAGGGCUCGCGAGCGCAAUGCUCUCAUCUCCUGCUGCUUUGAAGCGAACGUCAGCUCCGUUCGAAAGUAUGCUUUCAACAGCGAUGAGUCUGCAACAAUGGGACAUUCCCGUUCCAUCUUCCAAGACUUCUCCAACUGGUGUGCUUUUCAAGACGUUCCAAGGUCUGAGUACUUCAGAAAGCAGCACCGACAUACCAAAACUUCUCGAUGAAUCUUUCGUAAUUCUGCUGGAUCAUCUCGGUGAGAGUAAUCAAUCUGUAACAUCGCUACGCAGCGUGAUGAAGGCUCUUGGUAUAUUGACAGAGGUUGACGAGGUGCUGUGCUCAUCAUCUUCCGCGCAGAUCGAAGACGAAUGGGAGAAGAUAACAUCACGAGAGAAAUGGUUCAAAUGGGAGAGUUUCCACGACAUCGAUCAAAUUCUACACUGCCGUGAGGCACUUUUCUCGUUAAUGAGCCACAAGGAUCAUCUCAGAUCAUCACUCAAUUUAAGUUUGGAAUGCACCAAUCUCCUUCAGGCCAAGGUGAUUAAAGAAUCUCUUAGCAUCGCCAGAGAUCAUCAGAUCCCCCAAGCGUCUUUGAGAUAUGCUAUUUCUCUAUCGAAACUCGCUCAGGUCUGCGACGAUCUCGGUGUCAACAUCGAUGGAUCAGCCAAAUUUGACCUUGCUAAUGUCCUCUGGGACCAAGGUGAAAUGACGACAUCUAUCCAAAUGCUGCAACAAGUGAACGACCAGAACGAUCUACACAAACAAGCCAUCCCAGUUAGCCGUGCUCUACUACUUUCCAGUCUGGGUCAUCACGUCGCCGAGGCUCGCUUAGAAAAGCCCGAAGCCAUUAUUCAGGAAUACUUGGUUCCUGCAGUAAAGGAAUUGAAAUCUAAUUUGGUAGGGGAAGAGCCCGGUCGUGUUUUCCAUGUGUUCGCCGCCUUCUGUGAUCAGCAGCUGCAGAAUCCAGACGGUCUGGAGGACUUCAAACGUGUAGAGCAACUCCGGGACCGUAAAGAGAAGGAAGUCAUUGCCCUCGAAAAAAUGAUGAAAACUGCAGAAGGAAGAGAAAGAGAAACGCUGAAGAUGCACAGGACGAAGGCCAAGCAAUGGUUCGAACUCGACGACCGCGAUUACCAACGGUUAAAGAAAGGUCGAGAAGCGUUCUUACAGCAGUGUCUCGAGAACUACCUACUUUGCCUUAAAGCAAGUGACACUCACAACAAUGACGCUCUACGUUUCUGUGCACUCUGGCUGGACAAUUCGGACAGCCAGAUCGCGAACACUGCUGUUUCCAAGUAUAUCUCUCAGGUCCCGAGUCGGAAGUUUGCCCCAUUGAUGAAUCAGCUAUCUUCUCGGUUGCUUGACGUGCCGAACGAAUUCCAAACGACACUAUUUGCUCUUCUAUUUCGCAUAUGUGUCGAGCAUCCGUACCAUGGUAUGUAUCAGAUAUUUGCUAGCAGCAAGUCUAAAGCCGGCAAGGACGAGACGUCCGUGGCUCGCCAUCAGGCUGCAGGGAAGCUUGUGGAUAAAUUGAAGAAUGAUCGACAUGCUGGCUCGACUUGGGUCGCUAUCCACAACACGAAUAUCAGUUACGUCAGGUUUGCUAUUGAUAGGCCCGAUGAGAAAAUUAAGACCGGGGCCAAAGUGCCGCUCAAGAAGCUUGCUACUGGUCAACGUCUAGAGCAAGAUGCAACGAACCUGAAGUUACCGCCGCCUACAAUGCGGAUUGAGCUUCGAGUCGAUUGCAAUUAUAAGGAUGUCCCUAAGGUCGUCCGCUUUCAUCCCGAAUUUACUGUCGCUUCGGGAGUCAGUGCCCCUAAGAUCGUAACGGCUAUUGCUAGCGAUGGUCAGCGGUAUAAGCAACUGGUGAAAGGAGGAAAUGACGAUCUUCGCCAAGAUGCUAUCAUGGAGCAAGUAUUCGAACAAGUCAGCAACCUUCUGAAGGACCAUAGGGCCACACAGCAGCGCGGCCUAGGUAUCAGGACAUACAAAGUCCUUCCACUCACUUCCAAUGCGGGAAUCAUCGAAUUCGUACCGAACACAAUUCCAUUGCAUGACUACCUGAUGCCUGCGCACCAGAGGUACUUCCCGAAGGACAUGAAGCCCAAUGCUUGCCGCAAGCAUAUCAGCGAUGUACAGACUAGGUCAUUCGAGCAGCGUGUCAGGACGUUCCGCCAGGUCACAGACCACUUCCACCCCGUAAUGCGGUUCUUCUUCAUGGAAAAGUUCAACAACCCCGAUGACUGGUUUUGCAGACGUCUAGCGUAUACUAGGAGCACCGCUGCAAUCUCCAUUCUGGGUUACGUUCUCGGUCUUGGAGACAGGCAUGGCCACAAUAUUCUCCUCGAUGAGAAGACAGGAGAGGUAGUGCACAUUGAUCUUGGAGUAGCCUUUGAGCAGGGUCGUGUGCUUCCCGUCCCUGAAGUUGUUCCUUUCCGCUUGACUCGGGACCUAGUUGACGGAAUGGGAAUCACGAAGACAGAGGGCGUCUUCCGUCGAUGUUGUGAAUUCACUCUUGAGGCCUUGCGGGAAGAAUCGUACAGCAUCAUGACGAUUCUUGAUGUCCUUCGCUAUGAUCCUUUAUACAGCUGGACUGUAUCACCUCUGCGGAUGAAACGGAUGCAAGAGACCCAGGAAGCUGGUGGCGGUGCGCCUCAACUGCCUAUCGCAGCUGGAAAGGGCACAGGCAAUGAACCAAGUGAGGCGGACCGAGCCUUGACAAUUGUUGAAAAGAAACUGAGCAAGACUCUGAGCGUGACUGCGACGGUGAACGAGUUAAUCCAGCAAGCCACCGACGAAAGAAAUCUCGCUGUUUUGUAUUGUGGGUGGGCUGCCUAUGCAUGAAUGAUUUUGUUUCGCCGCCUCGAGGAGGGAGUUUAGCGAAGUGAGUCUUUCAUGACGACCUUAAAAGGAUAUAUAUUCUGUCUCCAAAAAGAUGCCAGUAUACUGUUGCUUUUGUGGCCUGCCACUGCAUAGUUACAAAUGGGGCGUCCUGGAAAACAACCCUCACAGGGAAUUCUGCACAUAAUAAGGUACCUAGGUAUUUAAUGUUUAACGUUUGGCCUAGCAAUAAGAAAAUGGAACGAUUCCAGUAGUCAGAUAGUAUGUAUAGAGGAUUACCGA